CGUGCGUCUCGCUUUUAAAUUCCGUUCUCUGGGUUCGUGGGUCGAUCAUGCCUUGAAAGGCAUGGCCGAGCAUUUUUUUGUUCCCGCCCCGGGCGGACCCUCUUGGCUCGCUAGCACGUUCGGGUUAUUGUACAGGCGCCGUCUGCUUUGUUACCCAUCCUCGCGGGUUCCAAUGAUUUUCAGCCUCUGACGAAGGUGGGACAGCGCAGGCCCGUUCACACGCAGCCCAGAAAGAUGAUGAGGGGGCGAGGUAGGCGCAGGAGGAGUGAGGGAGGGAGGGAUGAGCAGGAUGUACAGGAGCCAGCGAUGCCACUCCCCCGAGGUAUCGAGUUCGUGCGGAACUACCUCUGCCAGCCGCUUCGCACGAUCCUGGGCUACCCGCGGCUCAUCAGCAAGCUCCACCCGUUCGAGAGGCUGAGCAUCGAGCUGACGCUCACCCAGCACAUGGAGAAGGGCGGCACCUCCUUCGGGAAGCUGCUCGGGAUCUUCAAGAGCCUGCGGCAGCGAAUCUCGGAGGAGGCGACGGUUAGGCAGCGCGCAGUGAAGCUCUGUCAGCGCGGGCGUGAGGCGACCUUCAUCGCCGAUCAGGCAGUCGAAGAUCUGCAUGAGCUCUACAUCUCGCACGCCCCCAUCUUCCACCAAUUUCUGCAAUGCCAGGCCGCCAUCAACAGCACCCCCGUCAUCGACCUCGACAAGCCUACGGUGGUCUUUGUCGGAGCCCCGAACGUCGGCAAAUCCUCGCUUGUGCGCUCCCUCUCGACGGGCGUCCCCGAGGUGAACAACUACUGCUUCACCACGAAGCAGCUCACCGUCGGACACCUGUGGCACUUCAUAUCGGGGACGCCCUUGCUCAUCCACGGCCAGAUUGUGGACUCCCCGGGCAUGCGCGGCCUGUGGGACAAGGACGACAAGAGGUACAACCUCCUGGAUCAACUCACGCUCGGCUCCAUGGAGCACCUCCCGACGGGGGUCUGCUUCGUAUUCGACCCCUACCCAGUCACUCACGGGCUCCUGUCCGUGACGGAGCAGCUUGAGCUGCGGGACGGGCUCCGCCGGAAGUUCCCGAAGCGGCCGUGGCUGGACGUGAUCACGAAGUGCGACUUGGUGAUUCCCGAGGCCAUCGAGGGCAUCGCCACCCUCUCGAGACUCCAUCCCGACGCCAUCCAGGUGAGCUCCGUGGAGGGCACCGGCCUGGCCGAGCUGAACAUCGCCAUCAGGCUCCUGCUGGAGGACAUGACCCGUGUGGUUCGCCAGCUGCAGCGCACGAAGAUUCGACAGCUGCGCGCCGGCUCCGAGGCUUACUCGGGAUUCGUGAACAAGGAGGCGCUCUCGAUGCGCUGACGCGGCCGCGCUGCCCCCGCGCGUGGCGUCGAAAGGCGGCGCGCUGCACAUUCGGGGCGUGAAAAUGCCCGCUGCCUCGGCCUCGGCACUUUAUUCAUUCAUGUCUGCACGG